CCGCUAAAUCCUCGCUCCUACGCUCAAAGGCAAAUCUCUCUCUCUCACUAAAAAUCUCCUUUGAGCCAAAUCUAGUUCGAGGGUUACGAAUACAAGUUCCCGAUUCUAUAAAUAGUCUUGCAGGAGUCAAUCACCAAGUAAAUGCAGCACCUCUCCUUUAUUCUUUAGAUUCUUUUAUUUUUCGCUUUAUUCUUUCUCCAUUAUCAAGAAUUUCAAGAUCCACGUUUCGUUGUUCUCCCAGAUCUUUGUUGUAGAAGAAGACUGCUUGCUAAAAUGACUUUGCCUAAUGGCAAUGCUCAACAAGUGACUAGCAAUGGGGAUGUAAGCAAAACCUUCAAGAUUUUCGUCGGUUAUGAUCCACGUGAGGAUCUAGCGUAUGAGGUCUGUCGGCAUUCUAUCUUAAAGCGUUCUUCAAUUCCUGUUGAGAUCACACCCAUUGUUCAGUCAGAUCUUAGGAAAAAAGGCCUUUAUUGGCGUGAAAGGGGACAGUUGGAGAGCACUGAGUUCUCCUUUUCACGGUUCCUAACACCGUACUUGGCAAAUUAUGAUGGUUGGGCAAUGUUUGUUGACUGUGAUUUCCUUUACUUAGCUGAUAUCAAGGAGUUAACAGAGUUGAUUGAUGAUAAGUACGCAAUCAUGUGUGUUCAUCAUGACUAUUCCCCGAAAGAGACCACAAAAAUGGAUGGUGCAGUGCAGACUGUGUAUCCAAGGAAGAAUUGGUCUUCUAUGGUGUUGUACAAUUGUGGUCAUCCAAAGAACAAGGGGUUGACUCCAGAGGUUGUGAACAAGCAAACAGGUGCUUUUCUUCAUAGGUUUCAGUGGCUUGAAGAUGAUGAAAUUGGAUCAGUCCCAUUUGUGUGGAACUUCCUCGAAGGGCAUAACAAGGUUGUUGAGAAUGACUCAACAACGUUUCCUAAAGCUGUACAUUAUACUCGCGGAGGACCAUGGUUUGAGGCAUGGAAGAAUUGUGAGUUUGCUGAUCUUUGGGUGAAUGAGAUGCAAGAGUACAUGGAGAAAAACAAGUUAAAUGCAAUUUAAAUUCAAAUCUGCACGGUGCAGUGGUAUUUCCUAAUUCUGUUUUACUAGUAUGUCAAUGCACUCUUGCUCCAUUUUAUUUAUUUUAUUUAUUUAUAUGUUGAAUUUGUCUUGUGUAUCCUAGAUCUGAUCAUGCUUUAGAGAAGAGGUAUUUUCUCUCUGGCAGUAAAUCCAAUAGGUAUUGCUAGCUAUCAAUAUAUAUAUAUAUAUAUAUAUAUGUAAUUCUUCAUUUAUUAUUUGUUCAGCUGGUUACAUUUGGGAUCUGAUCCUUGGCAUGUUAUGCAGUACCAUUAAUUGUUUAAUGAGAUGUCUCUCUCUUGUUUUUCUUUGGU